AAAUAGUAUCAAAUUAGGCGGUUCUUACACUGAGGACGUUCUACAACCAGCUGCCGGAUUGGAGCGUGCUGCUCGCGGUCAUCACGACCAUUUUCUUGGCGGCGGAGCGGCAGUGGACGCUGGUCGACUGGAAGCCCAAGCGGCCGGACAUGCUCAUCGACACGUUCGGCUUCAGUGUGCAGGUGUUCCGGCAGGACUUCUCCAUCCGGUCGUACGAGAUCGGGGCCGAUCGGACGGCAUCGAUAGAGACGCUUAUGAACCAUUUGCAGGAGACGGCGCUGAAUCAUGUCAAGAGCACUGGGCUGCUGGGCGAUGGCUUUGGUUCGACUCCGGAGAUGAGUAAACGCAACUUGUUCUGGGUUGUCAGUCAAAUGCAGGUCCUGGUGGAGCAGUACCCAUGCUGGGGUGAUACAGUGGGCAUAGAUACAUGGUUCUGUGGUCAUGGUAAAAACGGAAUGCGUAGAGAUUGGCAUUUACAUGAUCGUAACACAGGCCAGACUAUAUUGAGGGCUACAAGUAAAUGGGUUAUGAUGCAUAAGCAUACUAGAAAACUCGCAAGGAUUCCUGAUGAAGUGAGAACUGAAAUAGCACCAUACUUUUUUGAGUGCACUGCUAUCGCUGAUGAAGACAGCCCUAAACUUCCAAAAUUGCUGGGGAAUGGUGUAGCCAUGGCUAGCAAAUAUGUCAGAACAGGUUUGACUGUGGAGGAAAAAGAUGAGAUGAAGAAGAAGAACUCAAGAAGAGCACACGAAAUGGAGCUGCUUCAUCUGUGAGCUGCAGCUGCUCUCUCCUUUUAUAGACACAAGUAGUCAAGGUGAGCAUUUAUAAGGUAAGGCGCUACAGUGUUAUGUAGCCUCUACCACUACUAGCUACUGCUGCUACUACUAGUCACUAUUGCUACCAUGCUGCCAAUUGCAGCUGCUACUAUACACAAUAGUGUUUGCCGCCCAACAUUGACGAGGCGGCCUUGACUGAGCAGGAGCAAGAGCCCCUAACAGCGUAGAACCUAGACAAGCUAGAGCAUGAGUAAUUAUCUAACAAUUCUUCCCCUAAUUGCACUGCUCUUGCUUGAUCUCCUCAACUCCAAUCUUGGUCCUCAACUCUGUAAGUCGAACGCGCCCAAGUGGCUUGGUGAGGAUGUCCCCGAGC